UUUCGAUUGAAUAGUGUUCUUCGGUGUUGCUCCGUUGUUCGUUUGUCGUUUCUGUUGUUUAUGGUUUGUGGCCCAUCCCAGUUCGCUGUGAAUGUGUGUGCCGUUUCCAUAAUAAAGAACGAUAAAUUUAUGGAUAACAUCUUUUUUUGAUAAGCUAAGGGGCGAAAAUGCCUGAGGAUAAGAAAAUGGCAGUUGAUAAUGAUACUCUUUCUUCCAAAAAGUCUUCCACUAUUAUCCGUAGUAGUGGAAGCACCACGGCGCAGGUUACUAUGCUAGAUGGUUCGAUUUUGCCUAUUGUUAUAGACAAAAGAGCCAAAGGAAAGGAUCUUCUGGACAAAGUUUGUGAAGCGAUAAAUUUAAUAGAAAAGGACUAUUUUGGACUUGUGUAUGCCGAUAGACACGAUCCUCGUAAUUGGUUGGACCUAGAAAAGAGAAUAGGCAAGUUUAUGAGAGCGGAACCAUGGAUGUUCAGCUUCGAAGUGAAAUUUUACCCUCCAGACCCCGCUCAAUUGCAGGAGGACAUUACUCGCUACCACCUGUGUCUUCAAAUUCGAAACGACAUUUUAAACAAUCGUUUGCCUUGUUCUUUUGUUACUCACGCGCUCUUAGGAUCAUAUCUCGUCCAAUCCGAACUAGGAGAUUACGAUCCAGAAAAUAUGGGGAAGAAUUACUUGAGCGAAUUCAAAUUUGCACCGAAUCAGACUCCGGAUUUAGAACAAAAAGUUAUGGAGUUACAUAGAACUCACAAGGGACAAACACCUGCAGAAGCUGAAUUACAUUACUUAGAGAACGCUAAAAAAUUAGCCAUGUAUGGGGUUGAUUUACAUCCCGCAAAAGAUUCCGAAGGAGUUGAUAUUAUGUUAGGUGUUUGUGCUUCUGGUCUCUUGGUGUAUAGAGAUAGACUUCGGAUAAAUAGGUUUGCUUGGCCAAAAAUUAUUAAAAUUAGUUAUAAAAGGCACAAUUUCUAUAUUAAGAUUCGUCCAGGCGAUUUUGAACAAUUCGAAUCGACAAUCGGGUUCAAAUUGGCCAAUCACAGGGCAGCUAAGAAACUAUGGAAGACAUGUGUGGAGCAUCAUACAUUCUUCAGAUUGAUGUCACCCGAAAUUAGUCAAAAAUCAUCAUUUCUUCCAAAAUUGGGAUCAAAAUUCCGUUAUUCAGGUAGGACUCAUUAUGAGACCAAGAAAACACCCAUUGAACGUCCAGCUCCACAAUUUGAACGAUCAUUAACUGGAAAACGCUUGGCUUCUCGCAGCAUGGAUCCACUUAGUGGAUUACGACCCGACGAAGAUUUUAACGAAGCGAAUAAACGACAUACUAUGUCUCAUCCGCCCGAGCACAUACCGGAUAUUGAUAAUCAAACACCGGCAACUGUGAAAUCUCCUAAGGAGAAAAAAGAAAAGGAAAAGAAAACGAAACCUGUUGGAGGUGUCGCCGUGCUUCCCGCUGGAGGUUUGUUUGGUAAAAAAGGUGAUAAAGAUAAAGACAAAGAAAACCGAGACGUCAAUGCUCCACAACAAAAUGGAGUAGAUGAAUCUCAGUUGAACACGAGUAACGAAAGUGAUAGGUCACCUCACGAUAAAAAGGAUAAAGGAAAGAGUCCUGGUUUUCUGUUUGGUUCCAAAAAGGAAAAAUCCCCAAAAGACAAAAAAGAAAAAGAGAGAGUCGCUGCUACUUCCGGCAAAGAUAAAGGUGGACCUCCCGUUGGAUCUCCCCAAUUGCCCGGUUAUACAAGAGAGUACGAUUAUGAAACUCCCGACGAUCAAGUUACGCCCAGAAAACCCUUCACUCAAGGUUUUAGUUACGAGAAACCUGGUUCUCCAACAACUCCCACAGGUGCUCAAGAAGUACCACAUUCUCCAACUAAGAGAGCUACUGCUACUGCGUUUAAUUAUGCUCCUGGAGAAGUUGGUAAAAUAAAGAAAGAUCCUCAUCACAGAGAUCCAAAAGCUGAUAGUGCUGCCUUUUUAGCAGGAGAACAGUAUCUACACCAAGCUCCACCUUCAUCACAAUCACCUAAAUCAACUGGAUCUCCUGCAGUUGCUGCUGCUGCUAUUGCUGGUGCCGGUCCCAGAAAAACAAGACCUAUUACUUUAUAUGUUGUUACUGGUAGUAGAGAUCCCAAAACAGGUUACAUUGACGUGGCUUCUGCAACAGUUGAUAAAACGGUCGGACAACAAAAUGUAGAUACGGGACUCAUUGACUGCAAAUAUGGAUUAAUAGAUCCUUCAAAUGGUACAAUUAUUAUUACGGAUCCUACAAAUGGACAAAAAGAAGUUGUUCAAGGACACAUAGAUCCAAUUACAAAACAGAUAAUCAUAACUUCUGGGUCUGUUAUUGAUCCCAAAACAGGCAAUAAGAGUUCAAACUUGGGGCAAAUUAUCGCUAUUUGUGAACCAAGACCUAAAGGUGCUAGCAAACUUGUAACUCCACCUAAUAAACGAAUUAUAAAGAUUACUGUAACCACCGCGAAAAAAGAUCCCAAAUCUGGCCGAGUCGAAGCAGAAAAAGGUCAUACAGAAACGCUGGAGGCUAUUUUAGACCCAGUUAGUGGAAGAAUCGAUUCAAAAUAUGGAAUUAUCGAUCAAAUAAAUAGCACAAUUACUUCAAAAGAUCCAAAAUCCGGUAGGGUUGAACAGUAUCCUGUGGAAAUCGAUAGUAAUUUGGGCCAUAUUGUUGUAAAACAAGGAGUUGUAGAUCCCAAAUCUAAUAAAAUUGACAACAGCCUGGGACAGCUUAUUAAGAUUUCAGAGCAAGGUGAUUCUAUUGUUCCUAUUACAGCUGUAACGGCCCAAAGAGAUCCAAAAACUGGUCAAUUAGAUCCGUCUAAAGCUCAUAAAGAAACAACCAAUGGCAAACUCGAUCCCAAAAACGGUUUAAUCGUCACAAAAUAUGGAUCAGUCAAUGUUAAUGGCAAGAAAAUUGUUAGUCGCGAACCGAAAACUGGCAAAGUUGAAGAACAUCCUAUACAGUUCGAUUCAAAUGACAAUAUUAUUGUAUUGAGCGGUGUUAUAGAUCCAAGAACCGGUGCCAGAGAUAAUAAUUUGAGUCAAAUUUUGCAAAUAGAUUCUGAAACUGAACCAGAUAUUGUUGUUACCUCGCAAGCCGGAAAACUCGACAAAAAAGGACUCGACCCCAAAACUGUUACUGCCCCAGAAAAAUCGAUCGGUAUGUACGAUCCAGAAAAUAACAAAGUAUAUACUAAAUAUGGAUUAAUAAACCUAAUACACGAAACACUAUCCUUUAUCGAUCCUAAAACUGGAAAAACCGAAAUUAAACAAGGGAUCAGAGAACCUGCCGGUGAUAUACUCUUCAAAGGACUGGUUAAUCCUAAAACAGGAAAAAUUGACAAGGAUUAUGGCAGAGUUAUUAAACUUGAACUAAGUGAAUCAAAGGUUGAUCCUUCUGUAACCAGUACACCCUUAAAAACAGAUAAAAAGAGCGUACCUGUAGCUUCUGUAAAAGUACCAAGUCCUGUAGCACCCACAGGAAAGGGUAAGGUUAUUAAAAUAUUAACGGUAACUGCUAAAAGAGAUCCAAAAUCUCAUCAACUAGAUCUUGAACAUGGCCAUGUUGAUCAGUCAGCAGGAAUUCUCACUCCAAAUGGAGAAAUUGAAUCUAAAUAUGGAUUAAUUAAUCCCAAAAACGCAACUAUUACAAUAUUAGAUCCAGUCACUGGUAAACAAGAAGUAGUACAAGGACAAAUUGACCCAGCAACAGGACAGUUACAAUUUGUCGAAGGGCCCGUAAUUGACCCUAGAACUGGCAAAAAAGAUAAUAAUCUAGGUCAAAUUAUUGCUAUUGCUUCAUAUGAACCUAAAGAGGGAACACCAAUUAAGAACUUACUUCCCUCGCAUCCUGUUCCCAAGAAAAGGGUUAUCAAAAUUUUGGUCAUUACUGGCAGAAAGGAUCCAGCCAGUGGUAAAAUUGACACAGAAAAAGGUGUAGUUGAAAAAUUAACAGCCACUGUUGAUCCUGUCAGUGGAAUAAUUGACUCGAAGUAUGGCAAAAUUGAUCCACAGAAUAAAAAAGUUGUCAUCAAAGACAAAUCUGGAAAGUCCGUUGUCACUCCAAUUAAAGUCGAUGAUAAUACCGGUCAGAUUUAUAUUGAUGAUAACAUCGUCGAUCCUAAAACUGGUAAGAUCGAUCACAGUUUGUCUCAAGUUAUUAAUGUAGUUGAUCCUCAACAUCCCGCUGUAGUAAUAACUACCAUUACGACUACAAGAGAUCCCAAGACCGGAGCUAUUGAUUUAAGAAAUGGUAAGACUGAAAUUACAAAUGGUAAAAUUAUACCUGAGACAGGCGAAAUUGUUACAAAACAAGGAACAAUCAAUUUGAAAUUAAUGAGAAUAACUACUAGAGAUCCAAAGUCAGGUAUCAUACAAGAAAGGCCAGUCCAAGUAGAUAAAGAUGAUAAUAUUAUCAUUUCGUCUGGAGUCAUUGAUCCGAAAACAGGAUCUGCCAGUCCUACUGCUGUACAAGUUAUUCAAGUUGGUCAGGAAGUUGACCCUGAAAUUCAAAUCAGAACCUAUGUUGGUAAAGUAGACUCAAAGAAAAAUACUAUCGACUCGAGAAAUGCCUCACCUGAUACUACACCAGGUCUUUAUGAUCCAGAUAGAAAUAAAAUAUAUACUAAGUAUGGACACCUCGACCCAGUUUUAGAAACUCUUACAAUAGUUGAUCCUAAAACUGGAAAAGCAGACGUUAGACAAGGUCACAUUGAACCGAAUACAGGGGAAUUGUUAUUCAAAGGAGGAUUUACUAAUCCAAAAACUGGAAAGAUUGAAAAAGACUUGGGAAGACUUGUGUCAGUUCAUAUAACUGAACCAGUAAUAGAUUCAAUAGCUUCUCAACAACCGUCUGAAAAAGAGCUACAGCAAACUACUUCUACUAAAUCACAUCCUCAAGUUGAAAAAAAUAUAACAAGGACAACACCAGUAAAAUCUACUUCACCUGUAAAAUCGGCAACUCCAAUCAAAACCAUUCCUGUAAGAUCCGAAACUCCAGUGAAAGAAGUUAUAACGGGUGUGCUACAUCCAAUUGCCAAACAUAGAAUUGUAAAAAUUAUGGUAAUUACUGGCAAGAAAGAUCCUAAGACUGGUACUGUUGAUAGUGAAUAUGGUACUAUUGAACACAUCACGGGCAUUGUUGAUCCAAAAACUGGUUUAGUUGAAACUAAGUACGGCCAACUGGAUCCUACAACAGGGUCUUUGAUAACAAAGGAUACUAGCGGGAAUAGUCAGAUUGUCCAAGGUAAAGUCGACACUACUACCAACCAGAUCGUUGUAAAUGGAGGUCCUGUUGUAGACCCUCAUACUGGCAAGCUAGAUUCAACUCUGGGACAGGUAUUUUCUAUUGUAGGUCUUAAACAAGCACAAGACCCUAAUCUGGCUCCUAUUCCAAAAAAGAAAAUUAUUAAAAUUACAGUAAUCACGGCCAGAAUUGAUCCAAAGACUGGUAAGAUCGACAACGAAAAAGGACAGAUAGAACAAUCGACUGCUUUACUGAAUCCAGAAACUGGUUUAAUCGAAUCUAAAUACGGACUUAUUGAUCCUAAGAGUGGCAAAAUUAUCAUUAAUGAUCCCAAAUCUGGUAAAGUAGAUGCCAAAUCGGCCCAUGUAAAUGAUGUGAAUGGUCAAAUUAUUGUUUCAAGCGGUGUUCAUGAUCCAAAAACUGGUAAGGUUGAUAAUACAUUAGGACAGAUCAUUAGUAUAGCUGGGCAGAAUGAUCCAGUUUUAGAAAUAACAACAAUAACUUGUAAGAGAGAUCCUAUCACAGGUAAAGUUGAUGUUAAUAAUGGCCAAAUGGAAAAUUCUAAAGCACAAAAAGUUUCUGCCACUGGAGAUAUUAAAACAAAAUAUGGUACAAUCAACAUUAAAAACUUAAGGUUAACUACUAUUGACCCAAAAACUGGCAAAGUAGAAUCGAGACCUGUUCAAAUCGAUGAAGAGGGUAAUAUAAUUAUAACCACUGGGGUAAAGGAUCCUAAAAGUGAUACAGUUAAUCCAGAAUUAUGCCAAGUCAUAAAACUAGGCUCUGAGGUAGAACCUGAAGUACAAGUUGUAACGUUUGUAGGUAAAAUAGACCCUAAAAAGAAUACUAUUGAUACCAAGAAUCUUGUACCUGAAGUUUCAAACGGUCUGUAUAAUCCCUCAUCACAUAAAAUCGAUACUAAAUAUGGCCAGAUUGAUCCAGUAAAAGCUACUUUAACAUACACUGAUCCAAAAACUGGCCGUGUUGAAGUGAAACAGGGUAUAGUCGAUAACUCCACUGGGCAAAUUCUGUUCAAAGGAUAUAUCAAUCCAAAAACUGGUAAACCUGAUCCAAAUUAUGGAAGACUUGUGGCAAUACUUAUUAGCGAUCCUAAAAUUACUGAUUCGGGAGAGAUUGUCAGGAAAGAUAGUAAGAGAGUUCGAAUCGAUCCCAAGAGCAACCAAGUUUGGAUUUACGAUUAUAACGAUCCUAUUACAAAGGAAGAAGUUUACACUACUGGACAUAUCGAUCCGGUAACGGGUUAUAUAGUUUCUGUUUAUGGGCAUGCAGAUCCAAAAUCAGGCUCAAUCGCUAAAUUAAACAAAGUCGAUCCACAUAAUAUUAAAGUCGAUCCUGCAUCAAAUCAAGUAUUCACAAAGACAGCGGAAGUUGAUGAGAGUGGUGAACCUUUGUAUUCUGCCUCAGAAAUUGACCCUAAGAACGGCCAGAUUUACACCAAAUACGGUAAGAUCGACCCUAAGACCGGCAAAUUUGUAAUUGUGAGGAUAUAUUUGAUAACACAAAACGAUCCACAAGGAAAAGCUAAAGAAAUUGAUCCUAAGGACUGCCAGUUUGAUGAAAAAACCGGACGUAUUAUAAACGUAUCCACACAAACUGUAUAUAUCUACAGCAUGGUAGAUCCAAAAACCGGAAAGAUUGUACAAGUAGAUCCAAAUGAUCCUUUGGUUAAGAGUGCUAGUACCAAAGUGACUCAAGUAUUAACACUUACCGGCGAAAUUGAUCCAGUAACCGGAAAAAUCCAUACAGAAUGGGGUCAUAUCGAUCCUCAAACCGGAGAUAUCGACCCAAAAACUGCCAGACGAGAUCCAAUAACUGGUGAGUUAGUUUUGAACUAUGCUCAGAUAGACCCAAGUCACUUUAAAGAUCUUAAAGAUACAAAGGUAAAGGUAAAAACUUACACCAAGGGUGAUGAUAGUUCGUCGGGAGAAAGUAGUGAUGACGAUUUGAGUGAAUACGCAGCUGAUAAUUUGGGAGACAUCGCAAAUUUGAAGAUACCAAAGGGCAAGAAAGGACUUAGUACUCCUGUCAUUGUCAAAACGACGACCAAGCAAACUGUUACAAAGGACAAAGACGGCGUUACGCAUAACGUAGAAGAAAGAGUGGAAGAUGGCAGAACUGGUGAAGUUACGUUUUCCACACAAGUAAAUAAGGCGGAUGUACCGUCUGACGAUGGCAAAUCACCGUUUGUCACCGCACGCGCUGUUACCACCAGAACGGCUACUACCCAUGAGGAUUUGGGUACGAACGCACGUACCCAACAACUUGAGGAGAAAACUGUAGCUCAUUCGAUGACGUCGAGCGCCACACGGCAAGAACAAAGAACGGUUACGCAGGAGGUUAAAACGACCAGUACGGUUGUUAGCGGAGAUCAGCUGGGCAGACGAGACAGCAUUAGUUCGACUAGUUCAGGUGAUUCAGGCACACCCAUUGAUCCGCCUGACGAUCCCAAUCAUCCAUAUUACAACAGUCCUAUUUACAAGGACAACAUACCAGAAGGAAUAGUACAAACGGAAAGUAUUGUUUACCGUGGAGAUCCGACCAUUAUUCACUCUACGACGAACGUUCCAGUGGUAGCUACCGAAGCGCGUAAGGUCAACUUGACGUCAGACGAUGGAUCUUACAGUGCCACUGGUGAAAUCAUCAGCUCACAAACUAUCAGUUCUAAGACUAGAACUGUAGAAACGAUAACGUAUAAAACUGAACGAGACGGAGUAGUCGAAACGAGAGUGGAACAAAAGAUAACUAUCCAAUCAGAUGGAGAUCCAAUCGAUCACGACAAAGCUCUGGCCGAAGCAAUUCAAGAAGCAACAGCUAUGAAUCCCGAUAUGACCGUGGAAAAGAUCGAGAUUCAACAACAGACCACACAGUAACAUGUGCGGGAUUAUUUUUUUAUAUAUAAAUAGUGUACACUUUACAUAUUUUUUAUUCCAGAGCGAUUAGCACAAGUAAAGGUGUUACACUGGUUAGCUCCCCACAAACUAAAUCUUUAGGCAUACCCCCUUUGCAAAGCUAAAUGUAAAUUAUUUAACAGAUAUGUUUAAAAUAUCGAAAGUGUUUAUUGAUGUAAAAAUCGUGCUUGAAACACGAAGUUUAUCCUCUCAAAAGAAAAUAUGCUUUGUAUGUAUAUUUAAUGUAAUAUUUGUUUAAAAAAAAGUUGGUAUGCGUUUUUGGCAGUUAUACAUGUAGAAAAAUAUUUUAGUAUUGCCGGGAGCUGACCUAAUCACGAUAAUUUUGAACAUAAAGCAUCUGCUUUGGUAUGUCUUUUUUAAAUUAACCUUCACAUCUAAGCUUUUAAAAUAAUUUUAUUUUCUAAGAUUUAUCACAGGUUGUUCUUUAUUUUUAUGUAUAUUUUGAUUUGGGCAGGUAUAGGUGAGAUUUUUUUUGUUUAUAUACAAUUUUAUAUUCGUGUCAAACACUAUUUCUACAAUUUUUUAUUUAUAUAUAUUUAGUAUAUAACUUAUUUACUUCUAUGUAUUAAAUGUGUGUUUAAACAAUAGACUUGAGUAUUUCGGUAAAUUUUAAUACAGUUUACAAUAAAUGUAGAUAAUGGUUUCAGAAUUAGCGUUUGUAUAAUUCAAAAUAUCAUUUUAUAUUCGUCAUCAAUAAAUAUUAUAAAAAAUGAAAUAUGUUUAUAUAUUUUACAAAUUUUAAACACAUUCUUUUUGAUUUGAUUGUUCACUGUCUCAUGUCAUGUCAUACUAAGAGUGUAGGGUUAUUCGUAAUCACUUCUAAAAUUUUUAUCGUCGAAUAAAAUUUAUACAAACUCAAAAUGUGUUAUUAAAGGCCCUAGCGGAUAUUUCCCGAAAUACCCAAUGUUAUGAAGAAAAGUUAUUUUGGCUGGCCAUCUUCGAUGCCUCAUUUAUUGAACCAUUCACUCUUUAAAAUAGUUCUUAUGCAUUAUUGUUAUUAAAUGUUCUUCCUCCGAGUUGGUGUGGAAAAAGAAGACAUCUGAUGAGUAAGGUACGUGAGAUCGAGGAAAUCAAAGUAGUAACUUGGCAAAUAUGGUAUUUUUUGGUGAUAUAAUCAAUUAAAACUACCAAGUUCGCACAUAGUGACUGUGAGUUUAGCUAUCUUCAUAAUUAUUUGAUAUGAUUAUCCCCUUAGUACACUGGUUUGACUGUAGUUUUGUCUGAGGUACGAAGUAUUCCUACAACGCUUGUUUUGUUUCAUUGUAAACAAAUUUGUUUUGAUUUUUGAUAUCAUAAUAACUGACUCACUUUCAAUCGACGGUUUAGUGCCGUUAUAUGAAUGUUCUUUACAAUAUACUUUAUAACAAAGUAGAAUCCAUUUCACCUAAAAGGUAUAUAUAACGUAAUUUCUGAGGCCAUUUCAUAAGUUGAACUGUAUUUUUUUUAUAAUUUACUGAAAUCUGUAUAAUAUAGCUUGGUCUACCAGCUAAAGAUGCUUUGCUGAUCGAUAAAAAAAUACAUGCAUACUGCAUAAGGUGCUUUAAAAAAUAUUAAUUGUAUGAAUCUCAAAAAGUAACAACAAAUGUGUUCAACAAAGAUUUAAAAAAAUAUAGAGUAUGCAAAAAUUUUAUGUCUUAACCACAUUCCAUAUACUUAUUGAUAAUAAAGUGUCUAUCAAUAUGAUGUUGAUAUUUGAAAAAUUUUAUUUGUUCUCGACAAUUUAUGGUAGCUAUUUUAAGCUAAUUUAGAAUAUAAGAGACCUCCACGUUUCAUAGUUAAUGACAAUAAGUGCCACAAAAUUAAGUCUGAUCUCAAUUCCUUCGAUUUUAUGUAGACCAGUACGUACAAACUAUAAAAAAAGGAUUAAAUGAUUACAUUUAUAUUUGAUUUCUCUUUUUUUUUUUUUUUCAAAUAAACAUCAGAAACUGGGAAAUAUUUAAUGAUUUCACAGUACUCCUAACUGAAAGUAUUGAUAUAUACAUGACCACAUACAAUAUAGAAACUUGAAUAACCAAAACUGAAGAUACAUAAUAAUAAAAGGAGGAAGAUUUCAAGAAAAAAAAGGCAUCAUUAGGUAUCCAAGGGGAAGAUUACUGACAUAAUCAAGCGAUAUGAUAACAUAUGAAUUUUACAGUUGUUUUUAUUCGAAAUAAAUAAGUUUUAAAGAGAGGGGAGUGAUAUCAGUGUCCAAGAUUUAAUAAAGUUGGAAUACUCAGUAAUAGUUAUCUUUCUUAGUCCAGGCCAAACUAAAAGUCUCGCCCACUGAUGACUCAACAGUGAAUAUUACAUAGGUCGUGAAAAAUAGGCCAUCGCAUAAACCGGUCGAUCUAACAGCCUACAGGCCACUGAUCCGACGAAUGGUUCUUUAUAUGAUAACUUUGACUAAUACUUAGGGGAAAAGAUGAAAACUCCCUGCCUGUUUGAUGAAGCUAUAGAAGUCCUUCACUUUAAUACCACACAUAUACGUGGGGCACGAUUUUCAGCGAUGAUUAAUAUUGAUAAAUACACAUUGGACCAUUUAAACGCAUUGUAAAUAAAAAUGACAACAUUAAUGUUGAUGGUGAUGAUCGCAAAACAAUCCUUGUAAUCAAUUAAGUGUGAAUUAAAAAAUUGUAACAGUGUUUUCACUCAUUUGAAGAAUCGAUCAUGCGUAAAGUUUGCCCGUAUUGUUCACGGCACCAGUAGGUGAGUCCCGAAUUGGGCAGAUUUUAUAAGACGAAUCGCGGUUAAUUCAACUGAUAUAUAACAUGCUUGUCAUUUAAUCAAUUUUUAUUAAUUUUGCGUGUUGGUUUGCAUAUUAUAGGUGUAUCCAAAUAAACAGUUUAAUCCAAAUAUACCUUUGUUGGGCUAAAUGUUGAAACUUACAAAUUUAAUUUUAAAUAUAUGAACCAUGACAUGUAUUUUUUAUAACGCAAUAACUAGUUGUCUUUCUAUGUGUUGAAAAUGUUGCAAAUAUUUAUUAACUGGAAAAUAUGAACUAGCUCGUAUUAAGCAUAGCAAAGGUUUUGUUUAAAACGAAGCAAAAUGACGUACAUAAAUGCAUUUUGUUUGCUUUCCUUUUGUUUUUAAGAUAUAGUAACAAUAUUUAUAGCUGUGAGUGUGUAAAAUUAACGAAAAAAGCGAACGAGCGGACAUAAAUGAAUUAUUAAGGGAAAGUCGCAGUAAUUGCGUACUUUUUAGAACCCAGGAAUUAACGAUAAACCAUUAAACAAUUUGAAGUAGAUAUACUCAACCAAAUACGUUAUUUGGGCACGUUUUCUGUGAGAUAUGCAACAAUGUCGUGCAGCAGACUGUGCAAUCUAACAGUCAUUCUGCACAAUUUUUAAGUUCAUUCGCUGCUGGACUAGAUUCAAAAUAGUGCAGCUGUAAUUCCAUAUAUUAAUAAAUACACUUGUGCCAAAAACUCAUGUUAUUUUUGCAAUUUUAUUUUUGUUUAUAGCAGUUUUAAUCGAUGUAUUUGCACAUUAAUAUUAAUAACAUUCAGUCUUAUUUAUAGAUUUUACAAAUUAUGUACUUUUAGAAGGAUGACUAGUUGAUGCCUUAAUGUUUAACAUUUUCCGCAGAGCUUAUCGGAUAUAACAAACUAUUUUUCGCCGAUAAGUAAUUCUGCUUUGAAACAAACUACCUAGUAUUUAGUUUUUAUAUAAAUGAAUGUAUUUGUGGUAUUACUCAAAGUAGAUGCACCUGAGGAUGGUCGUAUUUUACUUUAUCCCUGUCUAAUACAGAAUUCGGAUUUUGAACAGCAAUUUUUCUAUAGUGUUGCUUUAUUUUAGGUAUAGUUGUUCGUACAUAAUUCACAUUUGUUUUAUUUUUUAAUUUUAUUUGAAUAAAGAUGUUUGAAUAA